AUGAACCCAUCCAUCCAGGGCCUGCUGGAGGGCUACGCCUGCCUCUGCCUGGGCUUGCUGGCCACCCUGGUGAUGCAGAGCAGCACGGCGCUCAGCUCGGCCCUGGCACUCGUCGCCGCAUCGGCGGGCGACCGCGUGGCCGGCCUGCACCGCGCCUACCCUGUGCUCGUCGGCGCCAACAUCGGCACCACCAGCACGGGCUUGCUGGCGGCGCUCGCGGGCGAUCCCACUCCCGACACCCUGCAGCUGGCGCUGUGCCACAGCUUCUUCAACGUGUACGGCGCGCUGCUCUUCUACCCGGUGCCGUUCAUGCGGUUCCCGCUGCCGCUGGCGCAGCUCAUCGCCGCCACGGCCGCCCAGUACCGCUGGUUCGCCGUCGCCUACCUGCUGCUCGUGUUCAUCACGCUGCCGCUGCUCGCUCUCGUCCUCUCGUUCGCCGGCAGCACGCUCUUCAGCACCGUGGGCGUGCCGCUACUGCUGGUCGCGCUGUUACUGGUGGCGCUGAACAUGGCCCAGCGACACCGGCCUCGCUGGCUGCCGCCGUUCCUUCGAUCCUGGUCCUGGCUGCCCCUGUGGAUGCACUCGUUGGCGCCUCUGGACGCGCUGCUCGAGGAGCACGUGCUCAGACGCUGGCGCUUGCUGGACGCCUUCCUCGGACCACCGCCGCUGCCCGUUGCGUCCAUCGCCUCACAGCGAGAGUGACCCUGCGCAGCCACUGCAACGAGGCA